AUGCCUAGCAGAACAGAAGGAUUGGUAUUGACUGUGGACCCCCAUGUCCUCCACAAGGUCGACACCGAGAACCCACAAAACUUCUUCAGCAUUUGGGCUCUAUUCUCCAGAUGCGCCGAUUCGGUAGAGCAAGGCCGCCGGUUAGAGAACCUUAGUUGGAGGUUAUGGAACCGCGAGAUCCAAUGUUGCGAGGCAGGACAGACAAAGGACCAAGUCGACUCCCACGCCACAUCGGUACCAAAGGAUAUUCCCAGCUACCAGAUUGCAACUGAGAUGCCUCAAUUGUCUGGCAGCGUCGAUUCAGCCAUUGAGGACGACGAGGAAGCUGUCGAGUUCUCCUCUGAGCUGGAGCCAGUAGAUAUUCUGAGACCCGCAAUCGUUCGACAGGAUUCGUGCGCCAGUAGUCAAAGCCGUGGACGGGAACGUCACAUCACCUCGGACCACCUUGAGCGCAUGGUUGUCAGCAUUAUCCAGGAGAGAGAGCCCAACUUGAAUCCAUUGCCGGAGAUGAGCUCGCCGUCGCUAGAGCCCGAGUCUGAAGCUUCUGGCUCUGCCUUCUCGUCGGCAACCCAGGACGCCAUGGAAUCACCAACCACCCCGGCAACCGAGCCCAUGGGCCACUCGAUGGAACAGGGCCAAUACACCGACUCCUCCGAGCUGGCAUCUUCGGCAAACACGCACAACACUCAAGUCAUCCGUGGCUUCUCGCCAUCUCAAAUUCCCAUUCCUUCCCUGCGUAUCAUGAGCCAAGAAUUUUCCAAGGCCUCUGACGUAGAUGCCAUUCCUGAGCCGCUCUCUUCCCCAGCUCACAAGCCUGUUCAGCUUCGCAAGAAGCCUGCGAAGUUUGCUCUCGGAGGCUCUUCGGGUGAUGAGUCGUCGCCCAGCCUGGAAACUCGCCAGCCCAUGAUCCAGCAACCCAAGAAGAAGAGCAUGUUCUCCAUCGGAGAAUCCUCCGCCAGCAACGAUGAGACCCCAUCUCUGAAGAGUGCUAUGCACUCAGCCCGACCCAACUCCCUCCUCAGCGCCCAGAAGAAGCAGACUUCAUUCAGCAACCAGGUGACCACACGAACCAUUCAGACACCAAGCGAUCAGAGCGAUAGCUACAUGGAUGAGAGCGCCAUCGACGAUGACGAUGAGGAUUCUGACUGGGAGGAUAGCAUCGAAGAGAGUGGCAAGUCCAGCAUGGAUGAUCCUGUUACAUUCAAGCGAGUGCCUUCAAAGCCAAACUUGACUUCCCAGCGAUCCCUCAUCAGCCUGAUGUUUGCUGGUCAGGAGCAACAGCGUCCUGGCCUGGGCAACCACGCCUCGCAGUCUACCUCGGCCAUCCCACAGCAGAGAUCCCGCACCUACCACAAUGCCCCACAGAUGGUUGCCUCUCCUAACGAUUCCGAUGAUCAUGGUCUCGAGAUGAAGAGAGGCCUGCGCCGCACCCCUCUGCGUCCCAUCAACGAGAUUCCUCGGUCCAGUGCGCAGCCAAUUCUGGCUGCCGGCCACAGCACUCACCAAGCUGCUCUGUCGCCACGAACGACUCGCCGCAACAUGCUUGCCACCGAACUCACCGAGUCGCUUCGCCGUCACCUUCUCUGGGAACGCCAGCACAAGUCCUCCACUGCCAACGCUGUCUUGAAGAGGCGCCACACUUCGCAUGAUGUUGCCAACCUAAAGCAGUAUCCCGAGAAGUCGUACAUGGGAAAGGACCAGGGCCAGACGGCCAAUGAUGAGCCCAACGCCAGCAGCUGGAAUCAGUAUCUGGAGAGAGCAGACCUCAACGGCUACCAUGCCCAAGGCUGGUAG